UAAAUAUUGAUUAACCCUGUUAUUUUGUACUCACGAAUGUUUAAUUUUUGUUGAAUGAAUAGAGAAAAUAUAAAUAUAAUACAAUUAAUUUUUUGAGAGUUCAUUCUACUGUAAUUUUUUCAUGUAUGUAAUUAAGACCAGGGUAUUGCUCAAACCUGGGUGUUCCAAAAAUAUCUAUCUAAUCUUUUUUGAAGGUUCUCAUUUCAUGUAUUGAAUGUUCAAUUAACUUAAUAAUCCUACUUAAAACUUGUACAGAAUGUUAGAAAUUUAGGUAUAAGAGAAUGGAUUCAUAUGAAUUGCAUAAAGCACAUAAAAUUAAUGAAUCAGAUGAAGUUGCCUCCAGUUCAUCUCAUAAUACAAGUGAAAACGAUGGAAAUUCUGAGUUAAAGGAUGAGGUUUUUGAUUCAUAUCCAAAACCCACUUUUAAAAAUGCAUUACAGGCUAAAAAGAGAUUACAAGCUUUUGCUGCACAAAAGCUUUGGAGUUCUUCUAGUUGUAAAACAAAAUGUAAUGAAAAAUCCCUAAAUGAACAUAAUGAAUCUCAAGCUGUUUCAGUUGUGGGACUCAGAACAAAAAAAGAAAAUCCUAUGGAUAAAGCUAAGGCUACGAUUGAAGAGAUCGAACUAUUGAAACUAGCUGAGUUUUCCCAAUCAAUAUCUGUUGAGAGUGAAGAGAAGCUUAUACGUAGGUCCAGGUCUAAGUCUUCAGAGCCAGAGUUUGUUUUUCGGAAACGAGAAAGGAAAGUUAGAAAUUACAGGAGGAGUGACAAUUCUAGAAGAUCGCCUAGUCCUACUAUCACAACAGCUAGAGAGAAAUAUGCUGAAAAAUCUAAGUGUAAAUACCCAAGGAAUUGGGAAGAGUUCAUUCGGGAUAAGUGGACUUUUGAGAAAUUGAUGUGUAAAGAUUCUCAUUUUAAGAGCAAGAUCAGGAAUGCACCAAACGAUAUAUUUCGACAACUUCUCUUUGACACACCGCCAGCUCCAAUUAAACCAUUCCAUUAUAAAAAUGAAAGGGGUGAUGAUUUAAAUGUACCAUAUAAGUUUUUGAGGUAUACUUCAGCUAAACCCAGAAUCGCUUACAAUGUCAAUAUGUUCAAACAAAAGGAACCAUUUUUGAACAGACAUCAAGUCCUAGAAAGGACAAAUAGGGAUUUUAGAGUUAUAUUAGAGAAAUUCUACAGCAAAAAUAAAAAGAGAUGUAAGCCUAGUGAACCUAUCGGACAAAGAAAUUGGUACCAAAAAAAUUGGAGGGAUGUCGAUUCCAAAGUAUUAGAAACAUCUAUAGGUUUAUCUUUCCUCCAAACGUACUCCGACGAUGAAGAAGAGGAAGAACCAUAUUUAGAUCCCAACGAAUUGACCAGACAAGUAGAGAAGUUUAUAGAAGAGAAAAAAAGGGAUAAAGUAAAAUUGAACGAAAGAGUCGAAAGGGAAACCAGGAAGAUUGCAAACGAUUUUUUGCUCGAAGAUUUCGCAGAAAGAGCUGAUAGGAAGUCUAUUUCCUUACAUGUAAGUGAGACAGUGACGAAAAAAAAGGAAAACGUAAAAAUCGAAGAAAACAUGUCCUGGACGCCAGAGAGAAAACCGUUACCUACGGAAGAUAUGUGUCUCUUCCCACCGGAAAUGAAAAAACUGGAAUUCAAAUUAGACGAAGAAAAGGUUAAAAUCGCGGGCGAUAAAGACGAAAAGAUUGUAUCGGAAGAUGAAUGGGCCGAAACGCCCGAGAGAAAAUCCGCCGACUCCGACAAAGACAAAAAGAAAAAAAAGAAAUCGAAGAAAGGGUACAGUUCGGAGGAUUCAGAUUCGUCGGACGAGAAAAGAUCGAAGAAGAAGAAAAAGAGAAAAUUGGAGAGGAAGAAAAAACAGAGGGAGAAAGAGAAGAAAUCGAGGAAGAAGGAGAAACUCAAGGCGGAAAAAUUCAAGAAGGAGAAGAAGAAACAGAAGGAAAAGGAGAAGAAGAAGGAGAUUUUGAAAAAAUUGAAGAAGGAAUUCCUCGAAGAAGAAGAAAGGACGCAGAAACAAAUCGAGACACAAGUGAAAGUUGAAAAGUAUGAGGCUGCGGAACCUGAGGAAGACUUGAAGAAGUGCUUGAGAAAAACACAUUCCGAUCAAGGGAAUACGGAAAUGACGGAUGACAGGAGGUCCAAAAAGGAAGAACAAAUCGAAGAAUUGAUCGAGAUCAAGGUUAAGAAGGAGAAGCUUCCUUAUGAAAACAAAGAAGAGAAACAGGAGGAAAAUUUGUUACAAAUUAAGGAAAAGAACGAAGAAAAGUUGAUAGUUGACAAGGGUGACAAAGAAGAGAUGAUCCCCGGGGAAGAGACACCGGAUACCGAAGAAUACCAGUCGAACUGGGAGAGCGACGACGGAAUCUCCCCGAUCGUCAAACCGUCAUCGAAAAAAUCCAGUCGAGGUUGGGAGAGCGACGAGGAAGUGUUCGAGAGGGCCUUUUCGAAGAAACAACCGGGGGAUAAUCCUUUCGCAGGUUCCUCCCUUCUGGAGAUGCCGCUGGACAUCAAGUUUCCCAGACGCAGAUUCGGCAAACAGGAAAAGAGGAGAUCCAGGACGCGGUCGCCGGAGUAUCUGGACAUGGAGAAGGAGAUCAAGAUCCUGGCUGCGGAACGGAUGAACCUGAACAAGGAACGGAUGCAAUUGGAGAUGGAAAAGAUAAGGAUACACGAAUUGGAGAGGAAGAAAUCGAUGGAGGAGAUGGAGCAGAGGAGCAGGGGGGAUCCGUCCCCCGGCUGGCACAAGCCGCAGUCGAAUCACGACAAGUGGCAUACGAAGGACAGUUAUGUCGAAUCUAGGUCGAAGGAGAGGAGGGAAAAGGAAGAACAAGUACCUAGGAGUAAGGCUGGAGCGGAGAAACCGGACGAGACCACCGGCGUCGUCCUGACCGUCCACAGUUCCCCGGAGAUAACGUCCACCAAGAAGAGUCCCACGCACACCGUCCUCGAGAGCGUCUAUCAGGAGUUCAUGAAGGCCGUAACCGGCGGCGACGACGCCAGGGGCAUCGUGAUCAGCAGCACGGACGACGCGGACAACAAGACGCGACAACAUCAGCAGCAGCAACAACGGACGAAGGUGAAAUAUUCCAGAUCGCAGAGGGACAGGAACAGGAGGAGGAGCGUCGAGACCGCCGAAGAACCCCAACUGCUCAUCACCACCGAUCCGAAGAUACUGAACGAGAUACUGUUGCCGGGCGAGGCGCCCGAGGUACCACCGCCGGUUCCGGCGCCGGUGCCGUCGCCCAAGACGGAUCUGACGCAGAACUUGAUGCCCGUGGUGGUGAAGAGCGUCCCCCAGGUCAAGUUCGAUGCUGGGUCUACUGUGGAAGCUAGGGAGGUUCAAAGACUGUCGGAUGGUCCACAGGAGGCUUGUGACAAAUCUUCUCCCGUUAAACCUUUUUCUUUCUCCACCCUGGUGAUACCGUCGAAGAGAAGCCUUUUGGUGGAACCCAACUGGAAGUUAGACGAUGAUUCUGAAGAGGAACAACCCUCGAAUAGGAAAAUGGAAGACGUGGAAGCCGAACCGAUCGAACUUCAGCAAUCUAUCAACGAACCAUCGCAGGAAACUGAGAUGAUCGAGGGUCAAGACGAGGAAAAACUGUCUGAGGAAAGGAGAGAAAACCAACAGAACGAAGAGAUGAGAAUAGAAGAACGGUCCGAUAGAAGAAAACCUUCCAGGAGUAGGAGUCCCUUGGACACCUCGAGGGACAAGAGACGAAAACAGGACGACGGUGGUAGAAGGAGAGACGAGGAAAAGAGAAGAGAAUCGGGCGGUAGAAGAGGCGAAGAGGUCAGAAGAAGGGAGGGAGAAACGAAGGGAAGGGAUAAUAGGUCCAAGAGACCAUCCUCGCCCUCCAGACGCAGGGAACCUUCCCCGAGGAGGAGGAGGUUCUCGUCCCCAGUCCACAGACGUUCUUCGCCCCCUCGUCACAGGUCCCCGUCGAGAAGGGUCCAGUCCAGGAGGCCGGAAAGGAGCGACAGGAGGUCCCCCCCGGCGAGAACGAGCCCGAGCAAGAGGAGGAGGAGCUACUCGCCGCCGAGACCCAGCCCUCGAAGGAGGUCCCCCAGCCCCAGGGACGCCUCCUCGAAAUCGCCCAGGCUCAGCCCGAUGGAGGGUCUGAAACGGAGCGUGGCCGACUCGACCAUCAGCGACGACCUCCUCCCCCAGCUAUAUCCGGCGGAAAGACCGAGUUCCCCCUUGUGUAGUUCCACGCCGGCGCAGUCUUGCAGGAGGAUGAGACUGACGCUGUCGCCGAAGAGACCCUCGCUGGACGAGAGGAUCAACCAGGUGCUGGGCAUCGAGAGCCAACCGCCCCCGACGCAGACUUGGAGGCCGGCGGAACCGCAGACGGACCCGCGACAGAACGCCCUCUACUCCGGGUACCACCAACACGCUACCUCCAUCGACGUCGGGUAUCCUCCGAAGGUUCCGCAGGCUUCCAAGGUUUUACAGGUCGGCAACAACCUACAGGUGGUGCCCAGCGAAGAUCUGUGCGCGCCGCCCCCUCCUCCCCAACCAGUGCAAGCACCACCGUCUCAGAAGAUCCUCCAAGUCGGCAACAUGCUUCAAAUAGUACCCUCCGACAUGGAGCCUAUAAUUCCCCCGCCACCCCCUAAAGAACCGCCCAGAGAGACUCCGCCUCCCGUGGUUAAGACAGUUCCAGAUAGACAAUCAGCCGAAGACGUUUUGGUCGAGAGGAUGGCUGAAAGGACCAAGAAGAGGCAGGAAAAAGAGGAAAGGAGGAAAGAGAAGGAGAAAAAGAAGAAAGACAAGGAUAAAAAGAGGAAGAUGAGGUUGAAAGUUUCCACGGAAGAGAUGAUAAAGAGGGCGCUGGAAUUGGACGGUUACAUCGGUACCGAAGGGGAGAAUUUGAGCGCUAUGGUUCCUGAGGUGGUCAACGAUACCCCCGGCCUCGACCCCUCCAGAAGUAUCUUGUCUACCAGUACCUUGAGUUUGAAGUCCGACAGAGAAAGGAAGUCUGUACAAUUCGCGGACGGCGUACGCCCAGGUGAAGGUACAUCGCCAUCUGGCGGCGAAGAGCUAUCGUCCCCUCCACCUCAAACGGAAGUCCUGUUGAAGCCAAAGAAAUACAAGAGAUUGGGGUCGAUCAAGAAGAAAAAGAAGAAAAAACUGAAGGUGAAGAAGAUGAAAAAACAGCGGACGCCCCCACCGCCGUCCCCAACGGCGUCCGACGAAGAGUACGAGAAUCUACCUCCCCCAUCGCCACCUCCAGGUUCGCCUCCUUCUCACGUUUUCCCCCCAAGGGCAAAAGUUCACACUAUAAAUAAUAUACCCCAGCAUUAUCUGCCCUCGUAUGGUAUCACGACCGCCCCACAGACCCCAGUAGUUCAGCCACAGUCCAGGAUCAACCUGGCCUAUCAGACCCCGCCCACUGCCAUGUAUAGAACUCCGCCUCCUCAUGUGGCCAAUCAGCACUAUCCCCGAAUGGGCCACGCCCCGCCCAUGGGUAUGAACGUGCCGCCACCUACCGCGUCAAUGCAUCGAGAUCAACCACCUUACGGUACGUUUUGAUGCAGUUGGUUGACGAUGAAUUAAAUAGACUUUUAUGUACAUAAAAUUUUGUGAGAUGUUUUGAAAUAAAUGACUACCAUUGUUGGUUUUUACAGUGAG